CCCUUGGAAUUGUGUAUAGAUUGCAGGGGGUGGAUGUAGUGCCAAGGUGUUGGGGGGACAUUGAGCCUCUGAGGCCUCUGCUGACCCAGGUCCAGGAUCUGUGGAUGUGACCCUAGUUCCUGUACCAUUGUCCCCUUUAGACCCAAAGGGCUCUCUUUACCACUGACCUUUUACAGUUGAGGUCAUGGAGGGCAUUCUGCGGCCUUUUUGCCACAAUGGGGAAGGGAGACAUGGGGGGAGGAACCACAGUCUCUGGGGCUGUGCUGGGUCUGACUGCUUUGGUGACCUUGAAGCCAUAAACUCUUUGGGGACCAGGUACCUCCCUGGGUGGGGGGGGUCAGGUUCUUUUAGAUCUCAGAUCCAUACCCUUUGGGUUUAGCCGCUCCUCUGGAAAGCUGAGCUGAUGGCCCAGUGGUUGCCAGUGUGUGUCCGUGUGCGCCGGUGUAAGACUGAGAAAGCGUGUGUGUGUGUGUGUGUGUGUGUGUGUGUGUGUGUGUAUGUAUGUGUGUGUGUUUGGGGGGUUUAUCUACCCUCAUCAUAAACAUCCUGACACAUUUUGUCCAAAUUACCCUGAGGGCUUUGGGUUUAGAAACCAAAGCCGAACACUUAGGGCCAUCUCUGUUUUCCACCUUAUUUCAUCCUUUCCUGGAGGUGACAGCAGAGGGUCCCCUAGUGCCUUGGGGUACGGGUGGUGGGCACCUCACCUGGGGCAGCAGUGGGAAGGCAAGGGAGGAAACCCACGUUUACUACUCACUGUUACUUCAUCACAGUGUUGUAACUGUUGUCUUCCUAUCUUAAGGUCCCUUGGAAGUGUAUCUUCUUAUCUGUCUAUUGAGUGCUAUUAACCAGAGUCUAUUACAUCAAAUAGGAAGGAAGGGAGAGGCCCGGGGCUGGGUAUGAUUAAGAUUCACCAGCACUUACUGAGUACUCACUGUGUGCUUGGCACUUUAUGUUUUCAUGUAAUCCUUAUAGCUGCCCAGCUACUAUUUUGAGUGAUGGGAAACAGAAGCCCUGAGAAGUGACACAAGUUGCCCAUAGGAGCUAGAAGACCUCAUCUCAUCCCUCCUGAGACAUCCUUGCUCCAGGACCCAGGUGAUCCUCAGGUGACGAGGUGACGAGUUCUCACGUCCCAUUCCAGGACGUGGCGAGUAUCUCAUUUGCAGCUACCCUGGAAAGUAGAGACAAGCUAACUGGAGACACACGUGCCUUCCCUGGGCUGUCGGCUCUGGGCCUCCCGGCACCAUUUGGCUGCAUCGUUGUUCCAGCAUCUUCCAAAAGAAUGGAGCCUGCCCUUCCCCAGAUACAAGCAGUACAUCAGCAGUAACCAAGGCGCUAACAUCAUGUUGUAUGCCAACUGCACUUCAGUAAUAAAAACUGCAAAAGAAAAAAGAAAAGAAAAGUAACCAAGCAGAGGUGAACAGCACGAUGGGUUGCAAAGUUCUGCUCAACAUCGGGCAUCAGAUGCUGCGGAGGAAGGUCGUGGACUGUAGCCGGGAGGAGAGCCGGCUGUCCCGCUGCUUGAACACUUUUGACCUGGUGGCACUGGGGGUGGGCAGCACGCUGGGUGCCGGCGUGUAUGUCCUGGCCGGAGCUGUGGCCCGUGAGGACGCGGGCCCCGCCAUUGUCAUCUCCUUCCUGAUUGCCGCUCUGGCCUCGGUGCUGGCCGGCCUCUGCUACGGCGAGUUUGGCGCUCGGGUCCCCAAGACAGGCUCGGCCUACCUCUACAGCUACGUCACCGUCGGGGAGCUCUGGGCCUUCAUCACUGGUUGGAACUUAAUCCUCUCCUACAUCAUCGGUACUUCAAGUGUAGCGAGAGCCUGGAGCGCGACGUUUGACGAGCUGAUUGGCAAACACAUCGGGGAGUUCUCGCGGAAGUACAUGGCUCUGAACGCCCCUGGAGUGCUGGCCGAAAACCCAGACAUAUUUGCCGUGAUCAUCAUCCUCAUCUUGACAGGACUUUUAACUCUCGGUGUGAAAGAGUCGGCCAUGGUCAACAAAAUAUUCACUUGUGUCAAUGUUCUGGUCUUGGGCUUCAUAAUGGUGUCAGGAUUUGUGAAAGGAUCGAUUAAAAACUGGCAGCUCACAGAGGAGGAUUUCCAGAACACAUCCAGUCAUCGCUGCUUGAACAAUGACACAAAACAAGGGACACUUGGUGCUGGUGGAUUCAUGCCCUUUGGAUUCUCCGGUGUCCUGUCGGGGGCAGCGACCUGCUUCUAUGCCUUCGUGGGCUUUGACUGCAUCGCCACGACAGGUGAAGAAGUCAAGAACCCUCAGAAGGCGAUCCCCGUGGGGAUUGUUGCGUCCCUCCUGAUUUGCUUCAUUGCUUACUUUGGGGUGUCUGCCGCCCUCACGCUCAUGAUGCCAUACUUCUGCCUGGACAAGGACAGCCCCUUGCCCGACGCCUUCAAGCAUGUGGGCUGGGAAGGUGCCAAGUACGCGGUGGCAGUCGGCUCCCUCUGUGCACUUUCUACCAGUCUUUUAGGUUCCAUGUUUCCCAUGCCUCGAGUUAUCUAUGCCAUGGCUGAAGAUGGACUGCUAUUUAAAUUUUUGGCCAAAAUCAAUGAUAGGACCAAAACACCAAUAAUCGCCACGUUGACCUCGGGCGCCAUUGCUGCUGUGAUGGCCUUUCUCUUUGACCUGAAGGACUUGGUGGACCUCAUGUCAAUUGGCACUCUCCUGGCUUACUCUUUGGUGGCUGCCUGUGUGUUGGUCUUACGGUAUCAGCCAGAGCAACCUAACAUGGUAUACCAGAUGGCCAGAACUACCGAAGAGCUUGAUCAAGUGGACCAGAAUGAAUUGGUGAGCACCAGUGAUUCCCAGACAGGCUUUUUACCAGAAGCAGAACGGUUUUCUUUGAAAACCGUACUCUCACCCAAAAAUAUGGAGCCUUCCACAUUCUCCGGGCUAAUUGUGAAGAUUUCAACCAGCCUCAUCGCAAUUCUUAUCAUCACCUUCUGCAUUGUGGCUGUGCUUGCAAAGGACAUUCUGACAAAAGGGAAGUUGUGGGCAAUCUUUAUGCUCACUGGAUCUGCCCUUCUCUGCUCCCUGGUCACAAUCAUCAUCUGGAGGCAGCCGGAGAGCAAGACCAAGCUUUCAUUUAAGGUGCCCUUCGUGCCGCUACUUCCCGUCCUGAGCAUCUUCGUGAAUGUCUAUCUCAUGAUGCAGCUGGACCAAGGCACGUGGGUCCGCUUUGCAGUGUGGAUGCUGAUAGGCCUCAGCAUCUACUUUGGCUAUGGUUUGUGGCACAGCGAGGAGGCGUCCCUGGCCGCCGACCCAGCAAGGACUCCUGAUGGCAAUUUGGACCAUUGCAAGUGACACGCAGCCCCGCCCCCAGAGGCGGCAGCAGCCCCGAGGGAUGCCCGCACAGGUCCUGGGAGCACCUCGCUGUCUCCACCGGUGCGACAGGACCCACCCACGUCUACAAACCCCAGCGCAGCAGAUGCGGCAACUCGAAAUGCAGCCUCAGCCCACAUCCCACGCGUGCCGCCUAGACUCGCUCUGCGGCAGGUGCACGAGGGCCCGUCGCCUCGGACAGCUCCCUGGCGGGGGCUGCUUGGCUGCAGCUAGCCACUGUGGCUCCUGACAUCCCUCUGAACACAGAAAGCAGCCCCUGUCUCGCCAGCUCCAUGCCCAUGCUGCUGUGUCCUCAGGCAGAAUGGAGGUCACCGUUUCUUAUUACCUUGGGAAUCCGGGCCUCCCUCCCCAGGGACCGUUCUGGUAUUGACAGUGUGCACACUCCAGACCCUCAGUAGCCGUCUCCCCACUCAGCCCUAAAGGCCAGCCGUAGAUACAAGACAAGUCCUCCAAAACACAUGUCCCCAGCAGUUCCGCCCCCGGAGCCAAAAGACAGCAGUUUACUUUAAAAAGGAAGAGCAAGACUCCGUCGCUUCUCCCACUCCUGUUCUCUAGGUUGCUUCCACAAGAGGUCGUGAGGACUGUGAGCUCUCCCCUAGUUCCCCUUCCAGGCAGGGCUUCCGCUCUGGCACCGGACAGAACCCAGCACGCUCCAGCGGCAGGACCAAGGGCAGGCGUUGCCGUCACGGACAAGAAGGGAGCGCCACUGUGGGAACGAGGCAGGAGGGCCAAGGGAGGGCUGCCUCCACUCCUCACAGCUGAGUGCGGGGACCUCCCUCAGCCGCACUCUCUCACUCCAGGCCCGGGCUGGUUCUGGCUGCUUCUGGUAUCUCUCACCAAUGGCUAUGUGUCCUGAGUAACGGGAGCAUGGCCCUGCGUUCACGUGGGGCUGGCUUAGUGAGCAGAGCUUAGAGCACUGUGUUCUGUGGGUCUUUGUCAAUCACAGUCCUGCCCUCUGAUGCUGGCGGGUCAGUGCCUUGAGUCUUGUAAGGUUCUCAAGGCAGGUGUCCGCUCAUCCUGAGGGGACGCUGGCUGGUCCCCCCAGCUGCUUCUGGCCCCUGACAUGAUCUGUUUGGCCCCUCUCUUAUAUAUUACCAAACUGAGUCCUCCCGGUAGCAUCUAUGAAUCACUCCAAAUUAAGUUGGCUCUUAGUGUUAACUUGGAAAGUGGCCAAAUAUUUCCUUGGUGUGUUGUUCAGAGCACGGGGUCCACACAUGAGAAUUUGGGGUCAUAUUGCUGUCCCUGUCUGUAUGUGCUGUCCAAACGCUGUGGCUUUGUAUCUGGGUUCAUAACCUGGCCCCGGACCUCCUGCUUCUGUAACUCAAAGAGCCGGCUUGGGUCCUCGUACGCAGCGUGCUCCCUCCCAGGCCCUGCACCACCCACGCUCACACCCGCUUUGCGGAGAGGAGCCCGAGGAAACAAUGCUGAUGCGCUCUUCCUUCCCGUGAGAAUGUGACUCGGGAGACGGAAGGGCCCCACAGGGAUGGGAGGGGAGGGAAGAAGGCGUGUAGACACCCCAGCAAAUGUAAAUGCUGCUUUUGAAGCUCAGACUCCCAUUUCUUCCCCUCUGGCCUUUGACACAAAUCCGGUAGAAAGAAGCCUGGUAAAUCCACGGCGCUUGUCUGAUCUCCCUUGGUAGGUUCGGAGAGAAUUGCAAAAAUUCAUGGAACAGCCAAACGGCAGGGUUCGUCCUUGGAGGGCUUCCGCACAGGUGGCCAGGGCUUGGCCUUUGCCCCAGGUCCUGAUCACUUGCCUGGAAGCUUUUUUCUAAAUAUCAUUUGUAAAUGUUACAGAGGGAGGAGCAUAAGAGCCCAAAGCGUGUGUUUCCAAAGAAAGCUAUUUAAACUUAUGUAGAUUGGUGCUGUACAAUAUUUUGAUAAAUAUUAACUUAUUUUGUUGGGGUUUUGGUUGUCUGCUGUCUUCUUAGGGUUUGGUAGCUAUAUGUUUGCUUGAUUUGUCUGCUAUUUUCCCACAUAGGCAAAGAGAACUUGAGGGAAAGAGAAUGUCCGAGAAAAGUGCAGGGGAGAGAGAAUUUUUUUUUUUUACUUUAAUUUCUCUUUCUGACUGAAAUUUCUGUGCAAGACAGCACGCAACAGACUGUGUAUACAGUUGACAUUUCAGCUGGCAACAUGUAUCCUACCAACUGACAGGGUGUGUGUCCCCGAUACCAUCCCACGAAAUGAGAAGCACCUGGCACGCGAGGGUCCUCCUUCCUCACCCCAAAGCAGGAAGUGCCUCCAGAAGGCUCACCAGCCCAGGAGUGGGAAGCCCCUGCUCCCUCCCCUGUCAGGGGCAGAAGCUUCCCACUUAGAAAAGGACACCUGAAGGUGCCACAGAGAAAGCUCACUGUGCUUCAUCGAGAGUAACUGGUGCGGUUGCCUGGGGUUUUCUUUUCUGUGCACAAGGACGGUGGGGUAAGGAAUGGUGUUUGGGGUAAGUUCCCCAGUGUUGAUAGGCCUUUUCUUAUCCCAUCCUUCAUUCCUUCCCCAGAAAUAAACACCCGCGCACACACACACCUACAUCCACACACACAGGCAAGAAAUAACCACCGGAAGUGCCCAACAAUUGGCCUCCCUACCCCCCAAGCAAGAAUAUGAUUCUCAGUUUCAUGGCUUGGCCAGUAUUUUCCUACAUCAUCAGAAAUUCCACGCUUCUAGAGACAUGCCCUUUGGAAAUGUUGUGUCUGCUUCCAUCCGUGGCCCAGCCCCAAAUACCCACAUUGGAAAGACCCAUUUGUGUCAGGUAAGCACCCCUUCCUGCCUCCGGUAGUGCUCCGCCCUGUGUGUUUUUGUGGCUCUGUGAAGACUCACAAAGAAGCCAACAGCAGAGCCCCAGGACCUCUGCUGAAGGUAAGGGGUGUGAGGGGUCUCCAGGGAAGCAGGCCCCGUGGGCCAGUGAGGGGGACCUUGGGCAGGAGAUAGGGCCUCGGCACACCCCCCAUCCCACCCCACCGGCUCACACCCCUUCCACCCAACUUGGGGCCUGAUUUGUUUUUCCAAACCAAUAGGAGUGGACAGGGCCAUCUUUCCUAGGGUGUUUUGGAAAGACUGUAAAUCGAUACUGUUGUUAGAACCCCCUCCCCAGACCCCCCACUUGUGGUUUUGUUCCACUGAGUCAUCUCUAUCGAGAUUGACCUCCUGGUCCCGCGUGCGGUGAGGAUGCUGUGGUUGGGAUAUCACAGGCCUCCUGCCUUCCAUGUGCGCACUCUGGGGGCUCCUCCCGCCCAGCUCCUGAGGCCCUGGCGCACCCCCUCCUGCACCUUUGGCGCAGCCUGUGUGCACACCUGGAUGAGGCCCCCCGGCCCUUGUUUGUUGGGCUUGGUGCGUGGCGGCGGGUGCGAACUGGGUUAUGCGCUCUCCUCCCGCCACUGAGCAGGUGUUAGGAGCUUGGGGAGUUCCUGGUCCUCGCACGAUGGCCUCUAGCCUCACACCAGACCCAGGGCUGAGAGUACAGGGUCAGAGGCUGGGUGAUUGUGGGCCUGCUUUGGAAGGGCCCCAGCCAGAGUGUAGGUGGGCUCACAGGCAUUUUGGGGCGUUGCCAGGGGAGGAUGGCAGAUUGCUGGCUCGGUGCCAGGACCGUCUUCUGCCCUGCAUGUCUCGCUUUUCCACAUCUCAUAAAAGCUGGUUUCUGUCGGCACCCAAGGGCCAUCACCACAAAGACGGGAGUGAGGCAUCUUCGUGCCGGGCCCCAUCACCCACGUGUUCUAGCAUGGAUGGAGAGGUGUGUCUGCGGGCAUGUCCACACUCUGCCGGCCAUAGGUGUGUGACACUUGUGUGCCUGUGUGUGGAACUGUUACAGAGUCCCAGUGGUUGGAACUAAAUAUAUGUUGUGUAUGGUUUUGUAUAAUUUAAGAUACAUGUGUGACAUCAUAAUGAAAGUAUUGUAUGUAAGGCUCCUCAGGGAGAGUGAGAUAGACCUUUUGUCAGACUCUUACGGACUUUUUUUCGUAAUGAAAUGCUUUAUUGAUCCAGUGAUGCAAGAAGUUACACUCUGUAUUUCGUCAUCAUAGUUAUGCUGCUUAAGGGGUUUUUAAGGCAAAAAAAAAAAAAGUCAACUGACUUUGAUAUUCGUCACUAUAAACCAGAGUCUCUUUUGUGUCCGUUGCUUCAUCGAGUGGCAGUGCUCUUUCGAGAGGGACGUGGACCGGCCAAGGGUCUCAGGGCACAUUUAUCAAGGAACCCCCCCAGGAGGACCCUGUAAAUGUGUUGAACUGCUGGCUGAAAAACCUGCAUGAGAUAAAGACCUUGGCUGUGAAGUGCAACAAAUUGAUCUCAGGGUAUGAGCAGGGUCAGGAAGCAGGGCUAGAAAGAUGUGCUCUGACUUUGUUAAUUAACAAGGUAUAUGAUUUUGUGUUUCUCGGGGACAAACUUUUUUAAGUUUGGGACUUAUUUUCGAUUUGAGAAGUUGUAAUAUUUAUUUAAAGUAAGUUUCCCGCUUAAGUUGUGCCUUUCAGCAUCAGUGGGUCUAAAGCAUAGAGGGUGAUGACCCUUGUGAGGGCUGGUUUAUUAUCAAACCUGAGUAGCUGUGGUUUCUCCAGUAAACUUUUCCUUCUACUGAACAUGGAGCCAUUAUUAAAAGAAUUGUGUUUCUUAUUAUGUAAAUUGUAUAUUUUUUGCUUGUUUGAUGUUCUAUUUUUCUAAUAGUUUUCUUAUAGUUUCUUAUAAUUAUGAUACUAGAUUUAGAUUCUGAUGCCCACUGCAAACGAGGCUGUCCCUGCUGACCCCUCCUGUUUUUAUGUUAAGGACAAGCAUAGAUGUCCAUCGCCUUUAAAAAAUGUGAAACUCUGCUCUGUAUCCCAUUUUUGCUGACAACACUGUAUGUUGAAAACUUCCUACUAUAUGUUGUAAAAUCAAAUUAUUUUGUGGUACAUUAUCUCAUGCUUCCGCAAACUCUAAUAAAUUCCGUCUAUGGCUUCA